GCUCCGGCGCCCCAACCGCAGCGCGGCCAGCAGGGGCAGCACAGAGGCCGGCCGCAGACGGCGCCGCCCACCGCAGGCCCGCGUUCCCAGGGCGACCAUCAACACAGCGGCCGAGCUCGGGGACCGGGGCCCCACAGGCCCGCAGCAUGGGAGGCCGCCCCGCUUCUGGGCUCCCGCGAACCACAUCGGCCGGAUCCCGGCUGCGCCCCGCCAAGCCACCUGCCUCAGUUUCCCCGGUGGCGCGGGGGUCCCCGCGGGCGGCCCUGGGCGCGCAGGAGGAUGAGCUGUGGAGAGAGAUGGUGGAGGCCGAGGGGCGCGGGCGGCGGCGCUGGGCUGAGAACUGGGCUUUCCUGAAAGACUACGACCCCAUGGGCAACAAGAAGGAGCCUGAGCAGCUGCCGGAGCAGGUGCCUCGCUUCUCAGACACCGUCCCCAACUGCAGCAGCCAGGUGGUGGGCAGCAGGCUAGCCACACCACUGGGCAGGGCCCUGGUGCUCAUGGACUUCGCAUUCACGGAGGGAGCGCACAGGAAGAAGCCGGGGGCUGGGCUGCAGCCCACCUAGGAGAGGGCGCCGCCUUGGCAGGACACCUCUGCUCUGCUCUGCCCUUCGUGUUCCACUGGGGCCAGGAGAUCCUCACCAAGGACCUGUGUGGGAUCCGGGCUCCAGCCUCGUGUUGGUUUGAGCCAAAGGAGCGGGAUGACGCCUCUAAUCGCAGUCCUCCAGGAGGCUGAGGCAGGAGGGUUGCAAGUUCCAGCUCGGCCUCGAACUUUG